AAAUAGUGUUUGCUCUCAAAGAAUCGUCCAAUUCAUACAAGACCAUAUUACGUUUGAUACUGAAACAAAAUAUCUUAUCGACAGCGUUACCUAGAGGUAGUGUUGAUACCGAGCUUCAAUAUGCUCGCCAUCCCCGGUGAUGUCAUGCCCGCGCUAUCUUUUCAACCCCUGCCGCUCCCCCCCUGUACGUAGUACCUUAGGUAGCUGCCGCUAACGGGGAGGGGGACGGCGCGGCACUCCUCGUCGGGUCGGAUCGAGUUGAGUCGAGUCGAAUUGACCUGGAACUGAAUCCAAUUUCAUCAAUCCAUUCUCCUCCCCCCCCCAUUACAUUUCCUCCCAAUUGAGUUACCAUCCAUCCAAAACCACCACCAACACCACUCUCAAAACAACAGCAGAAAUGUUCGCCCGCACCGCCCUCCGCGCCACGGCGUCGCCCAUCGCCCGUGCCUCGGCCCCCGCCGCCGCCAGCCGCUUCUUCUCCUCCUCGCCCGCCCGCCUCGUCAAGAUCGGCGAGCUCCUGCCCGAAGGCGAGCUCCUCCAGGAAGGCUCUCCCGGCAACAAGGUCGACCUGCGCAAGGAGGCCGAGUCGGCCCGCAACAUGCUGAUUAUCGGUGUCCCCGCUGCUUUCAGCCCCGCGUGCAGCGCGAGCCAUAUCCCGAGCUAUAUCCAGCAUCCCAAGACGCAGGAGUUUGAUGUCAAGGCGGUGGUGUCGGUUAAUGAUGCUUUUGUCAUGAAGGCAUGGAAGGAGAACCUCGACCCCGCCGACGAGUCUGGUAUCCGCUUCCUCGCCGACCCCUCGGGAUCGUUCACCAAGGCUCUCGAUCUUACCUUCGACAGCAAGGCCAUCUUUGGCAACGACCGUUCCAAGCGCUAUGCCAUGAUUGUCGAGGACGGAAAGGUCACCAAAAUUGCCGUCGAGCCGGAUAACACUGGUACCGCUGUGUCGUUGGCCGACAAGGUCUUGGGUUAGACUGGAAAGAGAUACAUGAUGAUGAUGGGGAGUGGUGGAGUUCAAAAGUUUCACAUAUAUAGAAUAUGAGUAAUGAACUACGUCGGAAUGCACAGCUAUCAAAGAGACGUACUGAAGGAAUCACCAGAUCCGUCUUUUAC